AUGGCUUCCGACGACGCAAGAGCCCCCAACAAUGAGCAGUUCAGGCUCUCGAACUUGUUCAAUGUUAAGGAUAAAAUCGCCCUUGUGACCGGUGGGGCCAGCGGGAUUGGCUUGAUGGCAGUUCAAGCACUCGCCGUGAACGGAGCUAAGGUCUACGUCGCUGGCCGUACUGAGGAGAAGCUCGAGACUGUGGCGAAGACGUACAGCCAAGACAUCUCAGGUCAAAUCAUCCCCAUCGCUGCGGACAUCACCAAAAAGGCCGAUGUGGCCAUGCUGUACGACGAAAUAUCGCAGAAGGAGAAACAUCUCGAUAUCUUGAUCAACAACGCUGGCAUAAGCACCGCCACCUUCAAUACCGAGGCCGGUAGCGCAGAGGAGCUCAAGAAGGCUCUCUUCGACAAUGAAAAGGCAACAUACGAAGACUGGGAUGCCGUUUACAGAACGAACGUUUCGCAGAUCUACUUCAUGACGACCGCGUUCCUUCCGCUGCUGCAGCGUGCCUCAGAGAGCCAGCACGGAUGGUCAGCAGCUGUCAUCAACAUCAGCUCCAUCUCGGGACAGGUCAAGACGACGCAGCAUCACCCGCAGUACAAUGCGAGCAAAGCAGCUGCGAUUCAUCUCACGCGUAUGCUGGCGAACGAGAUUCAGACGAACGGGCUCAAGAUCCGCGUCAAUGAUAUCGCGCCUGGCGUAUUCCCGUCCGAGAUGACGACUGGAGGUGAGAGCGGUGCUAACCAGAAAUCUCACAUUCCCAAAGAGCAGCAUGAGGGCAAGACUCCAGCUGCCCGUCCCGGCAACGAUCGCGACAUGGCGAGCACUGUCCUCUUCGUCGCCAGCAACAACUUCUUGAACGGACAGACCAUUACCGUCGAUGGAGGGUACACCUUGUCGUCCGGACGGUAA